UGUUACAGCGUGAAGUGUCCGUCUUAAAGGAGAGUCAUGGCAUCCUCAGACCUCUUUAAAACUUUAUUAUACACAGUCAACAAUCUCCUGCAACAACAGAAAUAUAAAACUGCCCUAGCAGUCGUCAAAGGCUUCAGGAAUGGAGCUGUAUAUGGGGCUAAAAUUCGUGCCCCUCACGCCCUAGUGAUGACGUUUCUGUUCAGAAGUGGCAGUCUGAGAGAGAAGUUUAGGGCAAUUGCUCAGGCCACAUACACUCACUCCAGGAAUCUAGCCUGCUUUGUGUUCACGUAUAAAGGUCUGCAGGCUCUCCAGCAGCGCUUACAGGGGAAAACGCUGCAGUCUCACUCGUUUCUGGCUGCAUGUGUUGGGGGCUGGCUGGUGUUUGGAGAAAAUAACAACAUCAACAGCCAGAUAAAUAUGUACCUGCUGUCCAGGAUUCUCUUUGCUUUGUCUCGACUGGGCGUGGAAAAAGGCUUCAUCCCGCAGCCCAAGAAAGACCCGUUCCCGCUGUUUGCCACACUGGUGUGGGGAAUCGUGCUCUGGCUGUUUGAGUAUCAUCCUCAUACGCUCCAGCCGUCCCUCCAGUCCUCCAUGAACUACCUCUACCACGACAGCAACACAUGGCAUGACAUUUCAGACUUUCUCAUCUAUAACAAGCCAAAAACCAACUGAGGUACUGACAAGUUUAAGCUCUCGCGUUAAACCAUAGAAUCUAGCAAAAUAAGAGACCACUAGUUUUAGUUUCCUUUUACGUUUGUUGUAUUGAAGGGUUUAAUUACUCUACCUUUAUUUGUAACAAAUACAGAAAUCAGAGAUGUCUAACCUUCUCAAAACUGUGUUGCCUUAUGUGUUACAGGUCGCACUAAAUGACUUAUUUGCACAUUGUCUAGACUGUAACAGAUUAUAUUCGCUCCAUCGUAAAUAAGAUGAACUCUCAUCUGUACUUACACUUCAUCAUAACUUUGUUAAAUUAUCAAGAACAGAAAUAGAACAUGAUUAUAAAUCUCUCAAAACAAUUUCGGGCCACAUUUUUUUCUAAAACAAUUAAAAGUAAUUAUUUUGCUUGAAGCAUUAUGUUUUGUAUAAGGAAAAUGAUUGCUUUUAGGACCAUGUUAGUGUUUCUAAGAGAUGAUGCAUAAAUACUAAACAUAUGCUUUUCUGCAUCAUGCUCAUGAGAAUUGUGAAUCAUGAAACCUGUCAAAACUGCAUUUCCUGUGUAAAGUUUAAAUUCCCUGUUUGUUUGUUUGUUUGUUUUUGGGGUGAAAUAUGACCUGUACAUGUUUUGGUGAGAUUCUGCAGUCAGUCGAUGGUGUUUUUGCCGUUACUGCAUUAAAUGUCUGUACUGUAUGUUAAUGGAUGUAGAUAUGGCAGAUCUGACUACUGUUUGGUACAGCACUUUUUGGUAUCACAUUACAUUAUAAAGUAACCUAACAAUCACAACCAUCAAACAGAAUGACUAGCAUCAUGUAUUCUGUUGAUUAAUGUUUUAUUACAAUUAAUUGUGGUCAUGAGGGUCCAUAGUUUAUUCUGGUUUCUCACCACAGCAUUGCUAAAUUGGGUAAGAGCUUAAAAUAUUUUAUUCUUUUGCUGAUUGCAAAACUUGUAUUAAUCAAAAUGCACUGGCCAACUUAAAAACAAUUCGGUACGUUGUAAUACAAAAGUAAUUUUGUGCCAUUAUGUUCACGAGUAAUUUGUUCAUGUGUUAUGUGUGGAUUUGAUGUAAAAAUGUAUGUAUUCAUUAAUUAAUUAAAUACAGAA